AUGGCAGCCCUCACACGAUGUGCGAUUUUUUGUCUCUUCGCUGGUGCGGGUUGGGCAGCACAGACAAGGCGGUACAACUUCACGAUUACUAACCAGUGGGAUACUGGAGAUGGCCACGGGCGACCAGUCUUUGCCAUCAACGGCAAGACCCCAGGACCGCUCAUCGAGGCCGAAGAAGGCGACGAGAUUGAGGUCUUCCUGGAGAAUCAGCUGGCUUUUGAAACCACCAUGCACUGGCACGGCAUCUACCAGAUUGACAAACCUUGGAAUGACGGCGUGCCGGGCGUUACACAAUACUCGAUUCAACCUCGCGAUACCUACACCUACCGGUUCACGGUUCAGCAACAAUACGGGAGCUACUUCUACCACGGACACUUUGGCCCUGCUUUUGCAGAUGGCAUGCGUGGUCCGAUAUGGAUAGCCCCUGCCGGUUGGAGACCGAGACCCUAUGAACUCAUCUCGUCUUCGCCAAUGGAUAUUGCGGGUAUGAAACGUGCUGAGAAGAGUCCAAAGCACGUCGUCAUCAGCGACUGGAAUGCUGAGCCGAUGGACAUUCUGCUCAUCAUGUAUCGAGACACAGGUGUCGUCCCGUGGUGUAGCAACUCGAUAGUCUUGAAUGGCAAAGGAAGGACCUUUUGCCACUCCAAAAAGCAGAUUGAGUCUGUCGGUGGCCCAGGGAGAAACUCCUUAGGUUGUCUAUCACAGCCGGGCCAGGAAGACUUCGCGAACGAACAGAUCUGCCAAGAGACAUUUGCUGACCUCGAAGUCUUUGAGGCCGAGAGCGGAGAGGAAUGGAUUUGGAUCAACUUCAUCCAUUCUGGGGCGCAUCAUGAACUGCAGAUCAGUGUGGACGAGCACGAUUUCUACGUUGUUGCCGCUGAUGGAGAAUUUGUACACCCACAAAAGGUUCAUGUUGCUAAUUGCAACCUUGGGGAGCGCAUUAGGGAUUACGCGAUUAGAGUCACAUCGCUUCGCAAAGAGCAAGUCAUUCAAGGCUUCGGCAUCCUACGUUAUCCGGGUCAGGAAAACGAGGGCAAGCAGGAGGUCCCUGAUACGAAACCUUGGGUUUAUCUCAAUGGAACACUGACUUCGCCAUCAUCGGUAGCCAUGGAUGAGAUGAAGCUCGCACCUUAUCCUAUCCGGCCGCCUCCAGCCGAGGCGGAUAAUACAGUCAAGUUCUUCGUCAACAUGACCGGCCCCAGUAGUUGGGCUUUGAACAUCGGUCCUCACCAGGCUUUCCGUCAACAGCUUCCCCCACUGCUAUGGGAUGAAGACUCUCGCGGCGAGACGACUUACGGAGACGGCGCCCAGAGCGGGUUGCUUCAAAAUGGCACGGUCGUAGACAUCAUCUUCGAGAACGGGGCCAAUGUCACCUCGCAACACCCAUUUCACAAGCACAAUAACAAGGCGUUCAUCAUCGGUACUGGCUCCGGUGGCUUCCCUUGGCCGACAGUGGACGACGCGAUCCGAGGGGGGGGCAUGGCGAAGCACUUCAAUUUCGUCAACCCGCCAAACCGGGACGGCUGCAGAUUGGGUAACAGCAUCGGAGACUGGACGGUCAUCCGAUAUGAGAUUUCCUUUCCUGCAGCCAGCAUGCUUCAUUGUCACAUGAUUCACCACUUUGCGGCCGGACAGCAAGUUGUCCUUCUGGAGGGAGUCGAGUCUAUGGGAAAGAUUCCUGCCGAAAUGAAGGAUAGGGUACACUCCGAGUUCAGCCCCCCUCUUAGAUAUGGCCCCUUGGAUUAA